AGAGCAGGAACUCAGCUGGGACAAGGGCCACCACCUUCCAGGGAGGGAAACAGACUCUCUCAGCAGUGGCAGGAGAAGGACGUGCAGCAGCUCUAGCCUGCAGUGUGUUCUAAGGAGCAGCCAUGUCAGCCCUGUACCCAUCUCUGGAGGACCUGAAGGUGGACCAGACCAUUCAGGCGCAGGCCCGCGUCGCACCCAGGAUGCCCUCCCUGCCAGUCCAGGACACAGCUGCCUCCCAGCCUUCAGUUUUGUACCCAAACCUGGCAGAAUUGGAAAAUUACAUGGGUCUUUCCCUCUCCAGCCAAGAAGUCCAACAGAACCUGCCUCAGAUUCUAGAACGUGCCAGUACGCCGGUCUCGGACCCUUCGCCAGGCCAGGUGGUGGCGCCGGUGUCGGGGAACAGCGUGGGCACACGGCGUGCCGAGAUCAAGCCCGGGGUGCGCGAGAUCCACCUGUGCAAGGACGAGCGUGGCAAGACUGGGCUGCGGCUGCGGGCCAUCGACAAGGGGCUCUUUGUGCAGCUGGUCCAGGCCAAUACCCCUGCGUCCCUCGUGGGGCUGCGCUUUGGGGACCAGAUCUUGCAGAUUGAUGGGCGUGACUGUGCCGGGUGGAGCACAGACAAAGCCCACCGGGCGGUGAAGAAGGCAUCGGCGGAGAAGAUCGUCAUGGUGGUUCGGGACAGACCAUUCCAGCGGACUGUCACCAUGCACAAGGACAGCACGGGCCACGUUGGCUUUGUCAUCAAGAAGGGAAAGGUGGUCUCUGUGGUCAAAGGGAGUUCUGCGGCCCGCAACGGGCUCCUCACCAACCACUACGUGUGUGAAGUGAAUGGGCAGAAUGUCAUCGGGCUGAAGGAUAAAGAAGUCACAGAGAUUCUGGCCAUGGCCGGGAAUGUCGUCACCCUGACCGUCAUCCCCACUGUGAUCUACGAGCACAUGGUCAAAAAGUUGUCCCCGACUCUGCUCCACCACACCAUGGACCACUCCAUUCCAGAUGUCUGACGCCACUGGACGGCAGCUCUGUCCUCCCCGCCUCCUGUAGGAAAGGGCGUCCUCGACGAUGACAGGUUGCCGAGGCCUGCUGCCUCGGGGUGGGGAUGUCUUGACGGGGGCAUAUUCCAAGUGGGGUGACGUCAGAUCACGUCGCCUGUCGUUUAUAACACAGGCCUCCUCGGUGCCUCAGACUCUUCACUGGACUAAGGCGGGGGCAGGGCCUACAGGCAGCCGGUUCUCUGUGCUGGUUUAAAUGCUGGACACAUAGUCAGGCCGGCUAAACACUUCUUGGAAGUUGCAGCUGGGUCCCUUUCAAGAUUUUGUCUCUACCAGAAAAACAGUUCCAUGUUUCGCGAGAACAGAAAUACAUUCUUUGUGAGAAUUUUUCUCUUUUUCCUUUACUUGAUCUUUGUCACAAACUGUAUAUAUUUAUAACCCCACACUCUCUUUUGAAUAAAGAU